CCUACUACUACUACUGGUAACCGUAUGUAAACUAGUCUGGCUAUUUGGCCGGUCGUAGGCCUACAGUCGUCAAAAUGUCAAAAAUAGUGAAGUUUUUCGGAGUUCUUCGGCGCAAUCCGAAGAAAACGAUAUUCUUUUCUGCGGUACUCGGCUUUGGAAUUAAUUUUACCAACAAUAAACUUGAGGAAAAUGCUAUGAUGCGUGCUUUUGCAGAGGAAGCCAUGAAAUAUGGUGAAGUGCCUCAGCCCCUGAGUAGCCAGCCUCGUCAUGUUACAGUCCUCCUGAACCCAGCAGCAAGUGGCGGCAAAGGAAAAGGACUCUAUGAACGUUACUGUGCUCCACUUCUUCAUUUGGCUGGUAUCAAAGUUGCUACAGUAAGGACAGAGCAUGAGGGGCAAGCUAAGGACUUGAUGGCAAUUAUGGAAAACACCAGUGCUGUUGUUGUAGCUGGAGGAGAUGGUACACUUUCAGAAGUAUUAACAGGCUUAUUACGACGUUCCGAUCAAAAGGAGGCUGUGCGUCGUCUUCCACUUGGUAUUUUACCCUUAGGCAAAAGUAACUCGACCACUUCUGCAAUUCUAGGAAUUAAGGGUAAUCCAAAGCCAAGACAUCUUGCUGAGGCAACAAUGUCUAUUAUCCAUGAAAUCAAGAGGCCUAUGGACGUAAUGGAAGUGACUCCAUUACAGUCUUCAGAUGCAGAUGGUCCUCCCAAACCAGUUUAUGCUGCAUCACAUUUAGAAUGGGGAGCAUACAGAGAUGCAAGGGAAAGAAAUGAUGUCUACUGGUAUUGGGCCACUCUCAAGAGAUAUAUGACCUAUGUAUUCUCUAGUUACAAAGAUAUAUCUUGGGAUUGUUCAGCUGAUGUAGAAUAUUCAAAGCCUUGCCCUGGAUGUUCUAGAUGUCGUGCUGUUGUAAAGGUAGAAGAGGUAAAGAAACCUGAAGCCCCUCAGCGUUGGUGGAUGGCAUAUCUUCCUCGAACAAAAACUUUUGUACCUGAAGAUAAAGAAGAAAUGGAUUAUAGUAAUAUAAUCAAUGAGGAAUGUGGCACCAUACAGAAAGCUUCACUCAGUAAUGUGUGUGAUGUGGCAGUGUUUACAAAGAAUAACUUGGAGACCUUAGACAUUCCAGGACAUUCUCUUCUUCUCAAAAUGGGCUCAACUGAUACAGGAGCCUUUGAUUUUAUCAAAGAAGGAUGGAGUAGAGAAUGGAAUAAAAUUAAGAAUUAUGCUUCUGAAGUUUCUGUUGGUGAAAUCACUAUACAUCCAACGGGGGAUACAAAGAAUCAAAAGGGUGAAGAAAGGGAAUUCAAUAUUGAUAGCGAAAGUUUUGAAGUUCGUCCAAUGAAGAUUAAGGCACUGCCAAAUGCUGUGACCAUUUUUGCUCCAAACCCUUCAAUGUUAUCACACACAUAACUUUUGAAAUGUAAUUUUUAUUUCACUUACAUGUGUAUAUAAUUUUUGAAAUAUAAUUUUUUUGUCACUUUCAUGUGUAUAUCAUAUAUUUAUAUAUAUGACUGCUUGUGCAGAAUGUAAAUACUAUACAUGAUUUAUAUUUAAAUUUUACUCAAUACAUACCAUACAGUCCCCAGUUGUGGGGAGGUUUCCGUUCCGACAGCUUGAUAAUAAGCAAAAAUCUCUGAUAAAAAAAAAAAUUGGCAAUUUAUGACAUCGAUAACAUCGAUAACCAGGUAUGGCACCGAUAAACGGUUAAUGGUGCCUGUGAUAGGUAUGUAUCGGCACCAUAACUCUAUUAUGGUGCUGAAAAUUGUCUAGACAAACGCCAUAAAACCGGAUCGCCAAUGACCAAGUCCGCAGAUAACUGGGGACUGCCUACUGCCCAUUUACUCUAUUGUUUUUUUGCUUUAAGUUUAAAGCUAAAUACAUUUGUAAUUACA